CUUGGAAAGUAAGUAAAUAAUUGGAAAAUACAUAAGCAUUACUCACUUAACAUCAUUGAUGUCCUCUGUCAACUUCGCCUAUUGGGAAUCCCAGCUUCAUAUCCCCGUACUAUAGCCAUAUUCAACUGCAGUCGUCCAAAUUUUGUUAUUACGUACAUUUAACGAAUCAGUUACUAUUUCAUAUCAUAGAAAACUAUUUAGAGAAGAGAAAAGGGGGGGCGAGUAGUCAUGGCAACGCUACUAGUACAAGCACAACCAAUGAAGCCAUUACUACCGGUGACUCUCGUGGGACGAUAUUUCUAUGCUGGCCACGAGCGGUUUUUGGUAAAUGGGGUUGUGUAUAACCCUCAUCAUAUUUGGGAUAGACCGGGCGGGCCACCUCCUGAUGCACUAGCCGAUGAUCAAAUCGGAGAUGUCGAACGCAGUAUUCCGCUACUCAAGGAUCUCGGCAUAAACACAAUCUUAGUCUUUUGCAUUGAUGAGAACAAGCAACAUGAUAAUAGCAUGAAAUUGCUAGCUAAAGCUGGCAUAUAUGUGCUUCCAUGUCUCACAAGCUUUGGUCACACGAUUUCUCCGGAUAGCCCAGCCGAAUCCUACACGCCGAGGCUCUUGAAGCAUUGUCUAGCAGUCGUUGAUGCCAUGGAAAAAUACCCCAACACUCUGGGCUUUAUGGCUUCUGUGAAUGUGAUUACAGAUACGGAGAGCACCCGCGCAGCACCCGUCAUACGCGCCGUCGUUCGCGAUGUAAAGAAAUACUUGGCUCUCCUCUCUGCCGUCAAAAAGCAGAGACUCAUUCCAGUUGGUAUCAGCGUACGAGAUGUGUAUCCCUUGAGGAAGCUGCAAUUUGAAUACUUUGCUGGCGGGGGUCCUAAGGAGGCUAUUGAUUUCUUCUCGCUCGAAAACUUCUUGUGGAAAGGAAAAUCGACAAUGGUAGAGUCCGGGUAUCAAAAUUUAAUGCAUACAUACUAUACAACCCAUGUUCCGGUCUUCUUCUCCGAGUAUGGAAACAACGAAGUUCGACCGCGCCUCUUUAAGGAGACGAUCGAAAUGUUGACAAACCCAACUCUACUAAAUGUUUUCUCGGGCGGCAUCGUGCGCGAAUUCUUCAACAGCCCUAAGCAGUACGGCCUCAUUGAGCGGGUCGAUAACCCCGUGCUCGCCAGGGUUCGUUUUGAGAAGCGUGACGAAUUUCGAAGCUUGAGAUGGAGCCUGAAAAACUGUUAUGGCCCAUAUGUCUGCCGAACCCUAGACCUCGACGAGCUCCAGGGCCGCAUCGUCCCCACUGCUGGCAACAUCCGAUUCUCAACCAGCAGGUUUGGCGUGAGGCCCGACAUACCUCCGCAGAGCAAGAUCUGGCUGGCCACGUGGAAGAUACCGUUCUCCCCCUUGGACUGGGGAAAUAUCAAGAGCAAGGCACUGCAGCAGGAGGUAGAUGACGAGGAGUGGAAUGACGUCGCGGUUUUGCCUGCCGGGGAAAAUGAUUGGGUCGAUGUUGCUGAGGAGUAUGGCGCCCCCUGAUGGUGAAGCUUGUUGCCCUGGUGCUGGAGAUAUCACAUAUACCUAGAUCCUAGGAAAUGUGGCCGACUGACUGACUGGCUAGCUGGCUGGCUGGCUGGCUAGUUGGUUGAGUUGGAGAGCGAAAAGCUUUUUGGGUUGAGGGUGGCAUUACGAUACAUAGCGAUUUUUGCAUACAUUAGGGAGCAUUUCUUGUACAGUAGCCUCAUCACGGCGUCUUAGCACAGCGGGUUGAUUAAUAGUACUUAAUUCA